AUGGAUACACGUCCUUUACCUCCAGGAUGGGUUUCACAAUGGGAUGCAAGCGCUGGAAGUUACUUUUAUGUUGAUACAACAAAAAAUCCUCCAGUAAGUACUUGGGAAGACCCAAGGGAAGCUUAUAACCCUUCAAGAAAUUUAGAUGCACCACCUCCAUACUCUCAACUCCAUGAUUCCACCAGUAAAAAGCCAUCAAUGCCUACAGCCAUGCCAUCUCCAGCUCCAUACCCGCCCGCUUCUUAUAACGACAGUUAUUCGGCAUCCUCUCCAUUUCCUUCAGAUUCAAAAUAUCCUCAGGGAGAAUAUCCUGCACAAGGGGUUUAUUCAUCUAAUGGGACAUUUCAGCCUCAGCCAAAUUCAUAUAAUCCAUAUAAUCAAUACGGUGAUGCUUCAAUGUCCUCAACAUCAGCAGCUGCUGCCAAACCAAAGAAAUCUAAUAAAUUUUUGAAUAAAUUGGGAUUGGGCGGUAUUAGCAGCAAUAAACCUCAUAAACCUGUCACCCCGGUUGCGGCUUUAGGAACUGCUGCUACUCUCGGAGCCUUAUCUUCUUCCAAACCUGGAAAAAAAAAAUUAGGGUUAGGAACUGGUUUAGGAUUGGGUUUAGGUGGCGCUGCUGCUGGUAUGUUUGUCGGUAAUGCCUUGUUUAAAGGAUUCGGUGGUUUUAAAGGUGGCUAUGGUGAUUGUGGUGGUGAUUGGGGUGGUUGUGACUUUUAA